CACUGAAUAUGUUUUCCGUACGCGCGCUUGCCCGUUCGGUGCCUCGCACUCUCUCUCGCUCACUUGCGAUCUCCUCCCGAUCCGCUCUGCUCCGACCUGUUCCCGCCCCAAAGAAUGUUUUGCUCCAAACCUCUUUGAAGCAAGCUCUCCAGCCCUCAUGCGCCGCAUUUUCAACAUGCAAGGCUGUCAAGCAAGCUGAAGGUGAUAUUGAGCUUGUUGCCAAGCUUGAGGAUGAGCUGAAGCAUGAGAAGGCUUCCGGUCUUGAGGACUUGGAUAGCUCUGUCCAGAACAUUCAGUAUGUUCUUCAGAACAACUCCUGGGAGGUCAAAGAUGUUCCUGGAGAGCAGGAAGUUGUCCUGACUAAGAAAUUCGGCGGCGAAGAGAUCCGCCUUACUUUCACCGUUGCAGACCUCCAGAACUUGAGCGAACAGGAAGACUUUGAGGGUGCUCUUGCUGAUGACCUGGACUUCCAAGGCCAUCAGCCUGUUAACCAGGGCCGCACCGGUGGAAAUAUCGCUCAGCACCCCGAGGACCGUGUUUCUCCUGCAGACCGCGAAUUUGAGGAUGUGGAUCGGGAUUUGGAGCCUAGCUUCCCCGCCCGUGUCAAUGUUACCAUUGAGAAGCCUGGAAACGGUUCUCUUCUGAUCCAGACUAUCGCUCAGGACGGUCUGUUCCAGAUUGAGGAAGUCUCCUACUUCUCCAAGCCUGACCUGGCUCAUGCUCUUACUGCCGAGAAGGACUGGGCUAGGCAAAGCUUGUACGCCGGCCCUCCCUUCGAGAACCUUGAUGAGGAUCUACAGUCUUUCCUCGAGCGUUAUCUUGAGGAGAGAGGUAUCAAUGCAGAGCUUGCGAACAUGAUCCCUGAUUACAUUCAGGUCAAGGAGCAGAAGGAAUAUGUCCGCUGGCUCGAGAGUGUCAAGAACUUCAUUUCCGCAUAAAUCUGCGGGAUUGACAGUUAAUUUUUUUUUUCUUGAGCCUUCCACCCCACGACCCCUGCCCGAAUCCCAUCUCAUAGUCUGUUCCUUAUAGUUUUGUUCUUUUGGGGGGUGGGAAAUUGAGGAGUUUUAGUGAGAGUCUUUGCUCUACUAUAUGAUUCCAAACUCCGUGCUAUGACAGGUGGAUGGGGUUGUUA